GAAAAAGGCAUCGGGGCCAUAGCGCGCUUUCGUGUCGCCCAUUGUUAUCCUCGUCGCGUGUAAUGGCUACCGCGAAGUUUGUUGACGGUGCACAGCCUGCUUUCUCGCGCAUCGACGUAUCCUGAGCGUGGGAUAAGCUGCGGUACGCGGGUUGUCCGCUUCGAAGCUAAGACGGGCUUUCUUCGGAUAAACUUGAGCGCGCGGUACCGCCAAUUUUUAUGACACCGAGACGCCCGCGCUUCGUACAGGACUCGCCGCAGCCGCCACCGCGCUGCUUGGACGACAUGAUCUGCGCGGGCCAACGUUGUUCAGUGACAAGCGUGUGAUUUCGACGCGCGAAAUUAAGCUUGCCCAAGAACCCCGGCAGAACGAAGAAGAGGCUUAAGUUAUUAGGAGGAUAUUGUUUAACAAGCGCCACAAGGAAAUACACGUUUUGAAUGUGCUGAAAGAAAAUAUCUUGUGCCUGUGUACGACCGUCAUCGAUCUCUCUCACUCUCUCUCUUCCCCCUCUCUCUCUCACUCAUACUCUUUCUCUCUCUCUCUCUCUCUUUCUCUCUCCCUCUCUCGCUUGCUCUCAUUCUCGCGCGCGUCCACGGCUCUUCGAAGAAUACAAAAAUCAUCGGUUUUGUGAAUGCAUAAGCGGUAUAGUUAUUCGAAACUCGGGAAAGCGUCAUCGUCGGCGCGUACAGGCUAAACGGUCGCACGGAACCACGCGCCGCGUCGCCGCCGCCGCCACCGCCGCCGCCGUUACCGCUGCCGCCGUUACCGCUGCCGCCGCCGCCAACACCGCCGCCACCGCCGCCGCCGCUGCCGCUGCCGCCGUCACCGCUACUACCACCGCCACGACCACCGACACCGCCGCCGUCAUGGCAACUAGAAGAUCGUCGCCCGCCCGGCAGCCGGACGUUUAACCCGUGCGCCGUCUCUAUAAGACCAUAGCACGGUCGAAGGCAACACAUCAAUGGCCCUUGAAUCAAAUGGCAACAACGUGAUCUGGUUGAAUGCAACCCGUCCUGAUCAAAUACAGCAGAACCGACCUAUUGAACAGCCACUGAAGUGUUCCAUGUUCACACAAACUGAACAAACCAACAGUUUCACUCAAACGGAGCAAAGUAAUUCAAGUUACGGAGAUCAAAGACAGCAAGCAGCAAUGUUUGACCCACAACAAAUUCAACAGCAGCAAGCUGCGCAGGGCCAACAGUCGCAGCAACAGCAAUCCCAACAGAUGUAUGUGACUGCGGAUAAAAAGGAAGAUAAAUCACAACAACAAUCUGCAACAGCAGAAUUUCCUUUUUAUUAUAAUGUCAACAUGCUCCAAAAAGUUCAGACAAAUGCAGUGAGCACAAUUGGUGCCAUAACAACAGAUGAUAAAGGUUGUUAUCGUUUUGAUGUGCAGCCAGUUGGAUAUAACACAUUAUUAAAUCAGAUGAGUAUUGCGGCUGCUACAAACGCAACCUUUAAAUGUGAUAUAUGUGGUCUGGUGUUUGGUCACAUGAGCUUGUUGAAUCAUCAUAAACGGAUUCACAACACUACACCCAGCAAUUUGCAACAACAGCCACAACAAGUAGUUGUUCAAACACCAACGACAGUGACUGUAGCUACUACACCUGAAAGACCGUAUACUUGUGAUGUCUGUGGAGCUUGUUUUGCACUGCCUGGAGAAUUGAAAAGUCAUAAAACAAAUAUGCACCAAAAACCAAAAGUGCAAAUAUGUGAAGAUUGUGGUAGUGAAGAUCCGUGCGAACAUCAUCCCACAAAAAUCAAAAAGACAAUUAAACCUGGUCAUCAUCCAGUAAAACGAAGGGGAGUUACUAGUGUUACCAAAUGUCAUAAAUGUAAUGGCACAGGAAUAAUAUUCAUCGGUAAACACGACGAAAAACUAGAUUCUGGAAUCAGUUCCCUCGCAAAGUGUGGCGGCUGCAAGGCAACAGGCCGCAUCAUCAUAGGAAGUGGCAAACAAAACAGUCAGAACCAAGCGGAGAAGCCAUUUCAUUGUAAUGUAUGUGAUGGUACAUUCUCCCGGUAUUCUUCACUUUGGUCUCAUAAGCGGUUGCACUCGGGUGAUAAACCAUUCAAGUGCGAAGUCUGUGGUUUAGCUUUUGCAAAAGCUGCUUAUUUGAAAAAUCAUGGACGAGUUCACACCGGAGAAAAACCAUUUAAAUGCAGUGUCUGUGGAAUGCAAUUCUCACAGAGUCCUCAUCUGAAAAAUCAUGAAAGAAUUCAUUCUGGCGAACGUCCGUAUCAAUGCGAAGUCUGCGAAAAAACGUUUGCUAGACAUUCAACGCUCUGGAAUCAUAGGAGAAUUCAUACUGGUGAAAAGCCUUACAGAUGUAACAUCUGUGGUUCUGCCUUCAAUCAAGCAACACACCUAAAAAAUCAUGCGAAAGUUCAUACUGGUGAGAAACCACAUAGAUGUGAUAUAUGCGAGAUAGGAUUUUCCGACCGUUUCGCAUUAAAACGACAUCGUGCAAUUCAUGAAAAGUAUGGGCAAACGGCUCGAAAUCAGAACACGAAUAAUCCAAGUAAUGCACAACAAACAAAUGCAAGUAGUCAACAGCAGCAACAGCAGCAGCAGCAGCAACCCCAACAAGGGCAACAAGGACAACAAGUUGUUGUAGUGAAUGCCACAACUCCUGUAACUGUCAGUCAGGGUCAAGGUCAAGCAGUCAUGCUUGAAGAAGUCUACAAAUGUCAAGUGGCCUUCCCAGAACCCAAAUGAUUCAGCUAGAGAAUACCUUUCAGGAGUUGGUAAAAAGGGUUAUUUUUUGACCUUAUUAAACAAUUACUACAUAAUGGAAUAUAUGGAAUAUGCGUGUCAGGAUAUGAUAUAAAGAUGAAGACUACAUGGAAAACGUUUAGUGUUUGGUGUGAGGAUUAAUACGUUUGUGACGACUCAGGUCCUAUAAAUCGACGCUCGUUGACUGUCACGUAGGUGUAGUUCAAGAGCAAAAGUUUUCAGUGACUCUGCGAUCUCAACGCGAGUGAGUAGUUUCGUAAAAUUGUAACUUGGAAGAGUCCGGCUCGUAAAAUAUUAUAAACUCUCAGCCGCUAUCAUUAAUGAAAUUUCUCAUGAAUUAAUACCAGAGGUAUGAAAAAAAACAAAUCUACUUUAUAUUUUGUUACUCAGAAUAGAAAUUACGACAUCAGAUUCGAUAAUAACCUAUUUCACAAUAUACUGGCAUAGUCUUGGAAUUUAUUUGCGAAUGAAUUUGUAAAGUUUCAUUUGUUCUCCUAAUGUAUAAAUGCCUUUUUAUGGGAAUGAAAAAUGGUGAAAGUGUUGUUAUAACUUCAUGACUCGUUAAAUACCAGUCUGCAUUAGCUUUAAGAAGUUUCAAUUAGAACUGACAUUGAAAUUAGUGACUAUACAUCAGUUUAAGACUGUCACUAUGCGUGCUAAUGAUCACCGAAUCACAUAGAAUUAAUUGUUUUUCAGUGAGUCAAAAAUAUAUACAUUGCGGCGUCUAAAAAAAAAAAAAAAGAAAAAAGGAAAAAAAAAACAAAAAAAGAAUGAUUUUCUUAGCAUUGACCAAACCUUGAAAACCCUUUAAGGCGUUACAUUUCGCGAAUAAAAAAAGUCAAUGUCAUUAAAAUUGUCAUCAUUUUAUACCACAGUUGAAAGCUGGGGAAUAGACGUUAAAAAUCGAAUAGCCACACAUACAUUUGACGGCAUCUUUGCAUUUGCGGACGUCGUGGAACGGAACGAUAUCGCGAUAUAAUAAGCGCGAGCCCUCUUCCGUCCAGUCAUUCGGGAUCAGAACAUACGCUACCGCGAUGACAACGACCGCGAUAAUGUCAGCAAGGAUAUUACUACGUGAACAAGGUUUAUAUCUUAUUGGAGCUGCAAUAAUAAUAGUGAAUAUCGACGGGCAGACUAAUCUGUUUUAUAAUUUUAAGACCGAGAACUAUAUAAAUAUCAGUUACUAAAUAGAUGCUAGUUUGUAAUGGAAGAUAGCUGACUAAAUAAUCUAUACAUAUAUACAUUAAUUUUUAUAUCCCCACUUGUUACAUGUGAUGGCGUACUGCCGCCACUCUUAAAUAUCAAGAAUUAAUUAAUAUGGUUAUAUGCUGUGGACCCAUUGUUUUGACUGAUCGGUCAUAGAUGGGGUUGGUAAUAGUCAGAAAGCACAAUUUUUAAACUGGGAUGACUAAUCCACUGUUAAGUUAAAUUACUGUGAUGGUGUUACCCAUUAAAUUUUUAUCACAAUGUGUUUAAUAAUUUCUAAUUAUUAUUUAAUAUAUAAUGCAUUUUUUUCCCUUUUAUUCAACUUCAUAAAUUUCUCAAUUUUUAUUUUAAAAUUCAAAGAAAAAUAUUACGUGAGAAUAUUCUCCAGUAGAUACUUUUUUUUUAGAAGAAGCUUAUUUACUUUGUAUAUUAUAACUUGAGAAAAAGUAUGAAGUGAUACUUUAAUUAUUAUGUACACAUUAAAUAUGAUAUAAAUAUAAUUGCUACUUUAUCCAUAGUGUAUUAUGAGAAACACCAUCACAUUUCUGGUCACCGUGUGCCUAGUUCUGCAGAAUUGUUAAUGCUACGAAUUUUGCAGAAUCUAGGAUUGGGGAUUUCUUUGUUUUACCAAUAUAACUUGUAAAAUAAAGAUAUACAAUUACUUUUAAUUUACUUUUAUGUGGUCAUAAUACCUGCUACAGUAUUUUGGAUUAGAUUAGUAUUUUUUCUCAAUAUUUUUUUAUUUUAUUCUUCAUCUUUCAAAUCAUUGGAAUAGUUUAUUUUCUUGUAAUUUUGUCUGAAUUGUAGUGCAAUUAAAUUGCUGGACGAUAUGUUACUAUUGUUUUCAAUAGAAAAAAAAAAAAAAAAAAACACAAAGGUCUUAAAAUAUUAAAAUAUUAUGUUAUACUACUUAGAAUUAAUUCUAAUUAUGUUAGUCAUCAGUCUACAGAAAAAGUAGACUGGUAGAUCAGGGUGUCGAAAAAAAAGAUGCUUUAUUUUAUUUUUAUUUUUACUUAAGAAUACUUGAAAAAGAAAAUAAGAUUGUACAUAUAAAAAAAUUUGCCAAUAUUCUUCAAUCGAAUAUGAUGGCACUAAUAAUUUUCUGCAAAGUACAUGCUAUUCCUGGAUCAUGAGGCAAUCUAUUACAAAGGACCUAAAGAAAAAAAAAGUCAUUUCAAUAUAUAUCAGUUUUGCAAAGUGUGCUUCUAAAAAAUAAUAAUUUCUUUCAUUGAACUCUUGCAUAUCAAAAUCAUGAACGACCUAAUGAACCGCUCUAUAUUCCAUAUUACAGACUUUGUAGUCAGUUAAGAUAAUACUGUAUGAGUGAAAUUGUUACAAAGCCGGUCCUAAGUAACAUUUUUAUAUUGCAAAUAUCGGCAUCUUUUACACAGAAACAAAAAUAUCAUAAUUGUGUCUAUCUUAGCCAUUUUUCCAUAAACGAAGAUCGGCAAGGAUUGUAAAAAUAGUGGUUUAUAAAAAAAGUCAAAUAUAUUCGAAUGUAAGUACGAAGUACUAGAUAAAUAAGUAAUUAUAAGUGUUCUGCUGUGAGGACUAUUCAAGGAGGCACGGAGCAACUUAAAAAACACGUGCUUAUAGCAAAUCUUUUAUUAAAUAAGUGAGACAAAUAUGAAAAACGAAGUCUAAGAGAAAAUCAUUGAUAUGUUAUAAUCAUUGAUAAUUAUAAAUACAACAAAUUUUACUACGAUUAUUAUUUGAUUGUGUUCUUGUAAUUUCUGUAUUUCUUUUUGUAAUAAAUAUCUAUCAUAAUGGGGGAUAGAGACUUCGUCAUCUAUUAAUAGAAUUAGAAACUUUGUUUUACGAUAAAAUUCGAUCAUGUAACACAAUAACAUUAUUACAAGUAAAUGUUACUUAUUAAAGAUAAAGUAAUAUGAUUAAAAAAUGUUUUAAUACAUUCAUUAACAAUAAUUUAUUGUGCUGCGUGGCUCCUUGCAGUAAUGUUGUGCUCUUAGAUAACGUUUGUAUGCAAAGAACUGGAGCUUCCACUUUAAUCAAAAUCUCUGGAAGCGUCUUCCUAAGAUUCAUCAAUUUUUCUGACUUAUCAUCUUUGGAAGUUCUGUUCAACAUUCUCGCACACUUUAACUGACACGAUCACAAUAAUGCCUAUUCUUUAUUUAUAUGUCAACGCAAGGCCUUCAUUAAUAUCAUUUCACUUUUUUUUGACAAUAUUUAUUGAUUCUUUUAUUGAGAUCUAAAAACCCACUAUUUUUGAAUAAUAUUUUUAAUAAUAAAAGUUCAAGGGUCGGAGUUUUAGGAUCAUGAUGUAAGCUGUCAGUUGUUUAAUAGAUAAUUGAUAAAAUAAUUUAUUAUAUUAAAACGAAAAGUAAUCGAUAUCAUGAUUAAUAUCCUUAAACUAUCCGACCUUUUGAGAAUUAUUCUCCCAAGAGAUAAGACUAAUAUUUGUGCAGAUUUUUUUUCAUAACAAUCAUAUUUCUUACACAUAUUGAGGCGAAUAUACAUAAAGCAGAUUGUGUAUUGUGUGCAUUAUAUCAUGUAUUAUUACAUUUUGUCCAGUCUCGAAAAAGCUAACUAUGUACAAAUUUGAUCGUGAAGGGAACAUACGUAUGAUCAUUAAAAAUACGGUGUUUCAAAUCAUAAUGAUAACAUUAAUAAUAGUAAUAAUAAUAAUAAUAAUAAUAAUAAUAAUAAUAAUAAUAUUAAUAAUAAUAAUAAUAAUAAAAUAAUAAUAAUAAUAAUAAUAAUAAUAUUAUUGUAGAACAAAAAGGAGUUGUAUAUUAUGUAAUGUACGCAAUUUCAUUAAUUUUUUUAAUUCAAUCAGCGAUUUUUUCGCGACGAGAUCAACUUUUACAUAAGACGCGUUAUUAUGGGCAAUAAUGCAUAAAGUGCGAACCUUUGAUAAUAAAAGACGUUCCUAUUAAAUUAUCUGUUCAUUAUAUAUUUUUAAGUCUUCUAUCAUAUAACUCUAACGAGAUAGAUGCUUUAAAGAAUGUCAUUAAAGUGAAUAGCAGAUAAUUUUUUUUUUUUUUUUUAGUAAAUACAUGAUUACACGCCAAGGAAUAGUUUCAGAAUAUUGGGUACAAAUAUUUUUACGAUCAUAUAGAAGAAAACGUUUUUCAGAGAAAGUUUGUGGAUGUUCUUCGAUUCAUUGAAUUACAUUUUGCGUGUUCUUUCUUUUUCCUUUUUUUUUGUGGACGUCACGAACAAGUCAUACAUUGAGAAUAUUAUUACAAGAAAUCUAUGUAUUAUUAUAAUUCGGUUAAAUGAAAGAAAUAUUGUCAGCCACGAUCACAAGAUAUAAUAUCUAUGAUAAUAAAUGCGAUAUAUAAUUGGUAGCGAAACUCGUUGUAUGAGUUUUUACUACUGAUGAAAUUAUACGUGUAUACACACAUUUUGUAUGAAAUGAAGAAAAAAAAAAAAUAAUAAAAAAUGUCAUGUUAGAUUAGUCUGCUGUCAAUAUAACUAGGAUUAUAAUUUUGAAUGUACAUGUAACAUAUUGAAUAUCGUCUAGAUAAGGAAUCGUAUCGAUUAAAAACAACUAGCGCACGAUUAUAUCAGACAUUCUAGAUAUUAUAAUAAAUGAUGUCCACAGGACAUUUUCAUUUUUGAAAUCUUGCGUAAAUUUCAUUUAUCGCACAUUUUAAACCGCGCGCCAUUUGUGUACUAAUGAAAAAUAAUGAAUGACGUGUGACGUCAUGUGCUAAAAUGUGACGAUUUGAUGAUUUUGUAAAAUUCGAAACUAUUCGAAAUUUACAAUUAUUAAAUCGAUAAAAAAAAUGUUACUUAUGAAAAAAUUACUCUACAUAUAGUAAUUCGAUUGAAUGUAUAUUGAUAUCUUGUCAUAUGUUUUUUACCGAUUUUUCGACAACUUUCAAAUUUCCCGCUUAAGGAUGCAUUCAUAGCAUGACAAUAAAGUUGCGUGCUUUCGAUAGGAACGACACAAGAAUUAACAUGGCGUCGAGAAGAUCAUUUUGCUCAACAAAGACACAUCAGAGCACGCUGAACGUAAACUUUCUUUAAUUAAAACAGUUUUAUCAAGAAUUAUAUCGCAAAGCAGUCACCUUGAGACAUUUUAGAAGAUGUCACCGGAUCGUGGUUGAAUUCUUUAUUUGAAAGAAUCGUAAAAAAGGUAAG